AUGCCGCCCCGAGGCGUUAGCAGAGAAGAGAAGCGGAAGCGACUCCAGCAAAGCGUGAAGGAGAUCCUAGACGAGCUGGUCUCAGACCACCUCGUGUGCUUCGACAAGAUACUACUGGUCUUUCCCCAGCGCCGUGGGUGCUACUCGAAGCUGGCAAAACUUGAAGCAGAGGAAGAGACGCUGGAUGUCAAGCUGACCGCCGCCCGAGAGGGGGUGGCGAGUGCGCGUGCGCAGCGGGAGGACACUGCCGAGCGCCGCGCCCUCCUUGCCCAACUCGAGGCAGCGCAAGCCGAGUCCGCCAAGCUGCAGGAACAGGUCAAGGCGGCCGGCGACGGGGACCCAGCCGCCUACGCGCGCAAACGCGCGGCUGUCGAUGUCGCUAAGACUGCGGCUGUGCGCUGGACUGGUGAGCUAUGCAAUAGCGACAGCAAGCUGACGGCAGACAACACGGUCGCCAUCAUGGGUUACUGCAAGAGCAUGGGGACUGAUGAGGCUGAGCUGCGCCAGUUCCUUGAGAUUGGUAGGCUGCCCUAA